GUGCAGCUUGUCGAGCGUCCAGUGGAGGUGGUGCUCCACGAGAUACACGACAGCAUCGUGGAGGUGCCGGAGAUAGAAUACCACGAGGUUAUCAAGGAGGUGCCUCGCGUGGAGAUUCAGUACGUGGACAAGCAGGUGGAGGUGCACAAGAUCGAAUACAUCGAGAAGGUGGUGGAAGUGCCUCAGAUCAUCUACGAGGAGCGUAUCAUUGAAGUGCCGGAGGUGGAGUAUCGGGAGGUCAUCAAGCAG